AUGCGCCGCACAACUAGCGCCUGCGCGCGCAUCCUCUUUGAGCGCAGCAAAUGCUUGCCUCGUCCUCAAACCCGAUUCAAAUCUACCAACACCAAUGCGACUCCCACCGAAUCGAGCCCGAAGACCAUUCCAGGACCCUCUUGGGUCUGGCUGGAGCCUAUAGCGACGCCGUUCCGCGCGUAUGGACGAGCGCAGCAGCGAAGACCGUAUGUCACGCAGUUACUUAGCUCGUUAGCUAUAUACUUCUGCGGGGAUCUGUCAGCGCAGCGGAUUUCCCCGAGCCCUACGACGUCCGACACGACAAAGACUGUAACGGGACAAGACAAUGAGGAAGGGGAAGAGCAGACAUCGGAGCGGAAAUGGGAUCCCGCGAGGACAGGACGCGCCUUGUUGAUCGGAGGAAUCAGCUCGAUUCCGUCAUAUCGGUGGUUCCUCUGGCUCGGGAACUCGUUCAACUACUCGUCGAAGCUGCUCUCGCUGAGCACCAAGGUCUUCGUGAACCAGGUCGCGUUCACGCCCAUCUUCAACUGCUACUUCUUUGCGAUGCAGAGCGCGCUUACGGGAGCCACGCCGGCGGAGAUAGUGAGAAGGGUUCAAGACACGGUGCCUGUCAGCUGGGUCAACAGCUGCAAGAUCUGGCCGGCCGUGACGGCUUUCAGUUUCACGUUCGUCCCGUUCCAGUAUAGGAGUAUUUUUGCUGGUGUCAUUGCUGUCGGUUGGCAAACUUAUCUUUCAAUUCUAAAUCAACGGGCUGCUGCAAAGGAGGAGUCCGAGCACGAACGCGAGGCAAUUCACCCUCCGUCCCCGGCUCCAGCCACUCAGGAAGCAGAGAAACAACGUGCCCUGGUCUAG